AUGUUUAAAUUAAUUCAAACUCUAUGUUUUUUAUUAAAAAAAAAAAAAUAAAAAAGGGGCAAUCCGGGGAUUGAACCCGGGACCUCUCGUACCCAAAACGAGAAUCAUACCACUAGACCAAUUGCCCUUAAGGGCAAUCCGGGGAUUGAACCCGGGACCUCUCGUACCCAAAACGAGAAUCAUACCACUAGACCAAUUGCCCUUAAGUUAUUAUUCUUUAAUAGAUUUGAAAAAAGAAAUAUUUGA